AUGUCAGCUUCACGUUCAAAUAAUACCGGAACAAACAAUGGGAAAGAUCAAUUUAAUUGGAAUACAGUUAAAUCAGAUAAAGAUCGAGAAUGUUAUUUAGGACAUUCAGUAAUGGCACCAACUGGUCGUUGGCAAGAAGGUAAAGAUUUAACAUGGUAUGCAAAAAAUCGUGAUCAUGAACAACAAAUAAAAUCAGCAGAAUUUCGUGCAGCAAAAAAAAUUGAAGAAGAAGCACUUAUGGCUGCAUUAGGCAUGAAAGUUAUGCUGCCGCCGCCACUACCACCUCCUGUUGCAACUUCAACUCAACAAAAAUUGACAACUAAACGUGAAUCACAAUCAACAUCAAUUAAAAAUGAACCAAUGACACCAGCCAUACAUAAUGAUUCACGUGAUUUAAAACAACAUCAUAAAAAUCCAAAACAUGAUAAUCAACGAAAAGAAGAUCGUAGACGACGAAGACAAUUAAAAGCAACUGGUUCUGAUGAAGAAAAACAUGAUUGGUCAGAAAGUGAUGAAGAUGGUUUAAUAGAUGAUAUUGAUGACGAAGAGGAUGAUAAAGCGAAACAAUCAAUUGAACCAAAUACCAUGACUGAGAAAGAAUUAGAUGAAUUUCUUAUUGAUCUUGUCAAGAAACAUGGUUUUAAAACAAUAAAACGAACAUUAAAAUCAAAAAAAGAGAAAAAAGAACAUAAACGUCAACAUUCCUCAUCAUCAUCUUCUUCGCCUUCAGAUUCCGAAUCAGAAUCAAAACACAAACAUAAGAAAAAACAGAAUCAUCAAGAAAAAUCGAAAUCAAAAAAACAUCACAGGACUCGUUUAUCAUCAGAGAAAGAUCAUUCAAAACAGAAUCGAAAAUAA